AAAUGCAAUGUCAAUACUAAAUUACUGCGUUAUUAGCCAUGGAAAAUAAUGGCGACCCAGCUAACGACAAGAAGUUUAUUAACAAGGCCAGAUCAUAUAAUAAUGCACCGCCUAUGAGACUCAAGAGUGAACCGGCGAAACGUAAGUCAUUCAACGUGAACGAAGCUGUCAGGUCUUUGGACUUAGCAUUGGGAAGGUUGAAAAAGAGCAAGUUAGUAAACGGGGAGUACACUACGAGUAGAGCGUUGUUGAACCCCGGGGCGCAGGGGGCAACGGAAAUGUUCAUGGACAUGUGUACAAGCUCGAACUUCAGCCCGGGCGCGGAGAACGCGUCGCUGAUGUCGAUGAACUUCUCGCACUACGAGCUGAUGCGCAACGUGUCGCGCUCCAACUGCAACUCGGACGGCGCCGUGAGCGGCAACACAUGCAGCGCUCGCCUGAGCCCCGCCGACCUCAACGUGAAGGACGAGCACCUCGAGCGCUACUUCCGCAGCGUGGACAUGUGGGCGCGCGGCUUCCGCGACGCCGCGCCCAGCAGCCUGCAUCUCGACAUACCCGAGAAGUAGGUACAGUGCGACUAAUCCACACUCUAUAGCUCCAAAUAAAACUGCCAUAUGA